ACAUGGAUGGAUCACCUGUUUUCAUCCUGGGGACAGUCCUGUACAAGACUCUGGGACUGAUGCUGCCUUCACCAAGGAACCACACGGCAGUGAGCUCCAAAGUCAUUGCUGUCACAGUGAGACCAGAGCCCAGGAUAACAGAGUCACACCUGGAGAUCGAGCUGGCUCACCUGGCCAACGGAACCCUGAGUCCUUACUGUGCACUGUGGGAUAACAGCGUCAUGAACGAUUCUUGGGGAACCUGGUCGAGUAAAGGAUGUAAAACCGUACUAACCGAUGCAUCCCAUACAAAAUGCUUAUGUGAUCGUGUAUCUACCUUCGCCAUUUUGGCACAGCAACCAAGAGAAAUAACCAUGGAGUACUCAGCGGUCCCCUCUGUGACUUUGAUCAUUGGUUGUGGUCUGUCCUGUCUCGCCUUGAUCCUGUUGCUAGUGGUCUAUGCUAUUCUAUGGAG